UAUAAACAGUAGGACGACUGUGUUGAAGGAAAUUACCUCCCAGAACCAUUGGCAUUCGGCCAACUCUGAGACAUUCAUCCAUUUUCUCCUUAGCAUGACUCAAGGGUAAGCAUGGAGGUGGAAGGAAGAAACAGUGAGAAAUAGCAAGUCGACCACAGACAGAGAGAGCAAGAGCGAGACAAGAGAAAGAGACAGACAGCGUCAGAGCGAGAGACGGAGCGAACCUGAGAGAGCAAGACAGAGAACCUGAGAGAGCGAAAGACCGACAGAGAGCGUGAGACAGAGAGAGGACAUCUGAACGUUUUCAACCUGUGAUAACGGUAGGUGAUGCGAAUCCAAACCAGGGGCUCAUCCAACAUGCGGGGAUAAAGGAAAUUCCUCAGAAUGGAAUGCACCAAAGUGAGAUAAUAUUAGCCAAUUAUUUUCACAAGGGGAGGGCUGCCUAUGACAUUUUAUGAUUUUUGAGGGGUUCUACGUAUAUAAAAACGUGAGCAGGGACCAGAAAAAAAAGCUGCCACUGAAGGAGUCUGAGGAUUGAGUUGUUUGGUGAUGAACAGCACUGUUCAUCCAAUGCGCAAGGUAUUGCGUGAUUGAAAAGUAAGGAUUUAGCAGCUCUGAAUACGAUGCAAAUGAACUGGACAAACUAAAGGAGAACACACAGGCUUCUGCAUUAGCUGAAGUAAAAACUGGUAUGUUCUAGGGAGUACACAAACCAAAAGACACCGGCGCCUGGACUACGAGUCAGAGAACCAACUCUUCACCUAACAUCCCCUUUACUGUGGUGGUACAACCUGUGCUUGGAUUACUGCCUGGAACAAGCUCGAGGCGACCUGUUCAGUUUUGGAGCGGCGGGGCUUUGUCGAUUGUGACGUGGCCCUUUUGGUUUGUACGCGGAGUCUGAGGAUGAGCUACCGCCCUGUGUGCUGGCUCUGAGCUGCCCUCCACUGCGGUCCCCCCUGCCUGUGGGACCCUGUGAUCAUGCUGGCCAAGCCCCCUGAGCCAGCCAGAGCAGAACCACGACCCGUGCCCAGGUCAGCCAUCCCUUCCACAGCAGGAUGUCCCAGCCAGAUGCGGUCCCGCUGGGGACCAACGGCUCGGGGGCCGGGGCUCAGCUGCACUGGGCUGCUCUGCUCAUCAUCAUGGUUAUCAUCCCCACCAUCGGGGGCAACAUCCUGGUCAUCUUGGCCGUGUCGCUGGAGAGGAAGCUGCAGAACGCCACCAACUACUUCCUGAUGUCCCUGGCAGUGGCCGACCUGCUGGUGGGACUCCUGGUGAUGCCCAUCGCCCUCAUCACUGUGCUAUACAAUUCCGGGUGGCCUCUUCCGGAGUUCCUCUGCCCAAUCUGGCUCUUCCUGGACGUCCUGUUCUCCACAGCAUCCAUCAUGCACCUGUGUGCCAUCUCACUGGACCGCUACAUAGCCAUCAAGAAACCCAUUCAGCACAGCCAGUAUAAAUCCAGGUCCAAAGCCAUGGCCAAGAUAGCAGUGGUGUGGCUCAUAUCCAUUGGUAUCGCAAUCCCCAUUCCCAUCAAGGGGCUGAGAAACUACCAUCUUCCAAACAAUGUCACCUUUAACAGCAACCACACCUGCCUACUGAAACCAGACAGCUUCCGAGAGUUCAUCAUGUAUGGCUCCAUGACAGCUUUUUUCAUCCCUUUAACCAUCAUGAUGGUCAUCUACCUGCUCACCAUUCAGGUGUUGCGCAAGAAAGCUUUUCUGCUCAGGUCAAAGGUCACACAGCGCUUCACUCGCCCAACAGUCUCCACAGUCUUCCAGAGGGAGCAGUCCAUGGCCUCUCCCACAACUGAGAAACUGCCAGGAAAUCCCACCGCUCCUACCAACCCCAUGACAAAUGAAGAUAUCCCCAUCCGUCGCAUGUCCACCAUGGGCAAGAAGUCCAUGCAAAACCUGACCAAUGAGCAGCGUGCCUCUAAGGUGCUGGGCAUCGUCUUCCUGCUGUUUGUAGUCAUGUGGUGCCCAUUCUUUAUCACUAACAUCACCUCUGUGCUUUGUGCGAGCUGCAACGUCAAUGUGAUCGGCCGUCUGAUGGAGAUCUUUGUGUGGGUGGGCUACGUGUCAUCUGGUAUCAACCCGCUGGUCUACACCCUCUUCAACAAGACUUUCCGCCAGGCCUUCACACGCUACAUCACCUUUAACUACAGCAGCAUCAGUAAUGGGCCAGCCAGCCAUACAAGGGAACAGCAUGGCUGCAGGAAUCUAACAAGGAUCUCCUUCCGUUCAUCUGUGGCGGAGAACUCUAAGCUGUUCAUGAAGCGGGGAAUGAAAAACAGCAUCGGGCCGGUGUGCUAUCAGAGUCAACUGAGCCGAAGGCAAACACCAAUACAGUCCUCUGGCAGCGUUCUACUGGACACUCUGCUCCUUACCGAGAAUGAGGAUUGCAAAUCCGAAGAGCAUGUCAGUUACUUGUAGGCCUUUCGGAAAAUGCAGUCAGCAAAAGGGAAACAAUUAGAACCAGAAAGUCAGAUGUAAGAGGCACCCAAGGCUUGAGUUGUGAGCUCCCCAGGGGAUUACCUUCCAUGAGCAUCACAUGGAUUAUUUUCUAGUCAAGAAAACAGUGUGCUCUCAGGGGGAAACAAAAAUAUGUAGAUUUCUGUCAAACAAAUAAGAGGCCCUCUGUACAGAGAUAGCUGAACAUUAUGCGUAAAAUGAGACAACAGGUGUGUUGAGGUGGUUGCCCUCAAUAAAAGAUAAGCUGACAAGGGUCAGGUCGGACUGUUCUUAAGAAAGCCGCCAGAGAGAUAAAUACAUAAGGAAUGAAGACAUAUGACUGUCUGGAAACUCUCCCAGUGGAUACAAUGUAUAUUCCAAUUCUAAUCCUUGGGCUAUUUAGUUCUCUGCUAUGGACAAUUUCCAUUGAGGAGAUGGCAUUUUUACCUAUUGAGAGGACAAACACUUCACCUUCACACAAAAUAGUUUAUAAAUACCACCCAUUUUAAUUGCAAUUUUUUGGUAAGUGCUUUUAUGAAUAUUAACAGAUUUAUUGUAUAGUCACAGGUCCUAUUUCCCCAAACUGUAGCAUCCAAAUGGAUUAUUAUAUAUAAAAUGCAACAAAGACAAAACCUUUGCAAAUGAGAAGCUUGUAAAAUACAAAUGUAUAGCCUACAAAUGGAUAUGUAUUUAGCAUAAAAUUCCUGGUUCAUAAAUUGAUAAAACAGUGCUUUGCUAAAAGAAAAGCCAAAAGUAUUUCUUCUUUUUUUUUACAGUUCUUAAAGGGGCAAUCAGCAGUUGAAACAUAAAAAAUGUUAUCCCCACCCCUGUUCCAGUAAAAAGCUGAGGGAUGGGUCUGGAGAAAUGUAACCACUCAAAUUCAUAGGCAGAGCUAUGGAUGCAAGGACUGACCAUCUAUGAUAUUCAAACUACUGUUUUAGCCACGUUUCAAAGCUAUAAACAGGGUCUGACAUUGACUAUGCCCGACGGAUCUCGUCAGUCACUGGCCCAGUAACUUGAAGACUACACGCGAUAAAGACAAGCCAUUUGUAUUUGAGCAAUAUGAUUGACCGUUCAUUGAAGCUCCACUUGUUCCCGCAGGUCACAACUACAGCACAUUAAAUGUAAAAAAUGUUUUAUUAACCAAUGGCCUUUACACAGCACACACGAGCUGUCCUGAGCAAAAUAAAUGGUCAUUAAUCCAUUCGCUGAGCUCCUUUACUUUAGGGAAAGGGAUUUACAACCUUCAAUAGUAAACAUACAGUACCUAGCAAUAUGCUGGCUACUGUUGAUAGUCUGCUAAAAUAAAGCUACAAAAAGACACCUAGCAUGUGUCUUGGCUAGCCUAGUUGAUAUAUUUUGGAAUGUUUGUCUUAAAAGGGGCAGUGUCCUAUUUUGGGAUGUAAAAAAUCAUCUCAAAAUGACAUACUUUAGAAUAAAAUGAAUGCAUUUAAUACAAUUCUAAAGAAUAUAGUAAGGACUUGCAUUGCAACAUUAUAUUACACAGCUUUUUAAUAACUAGAUGUAGCCUAUUAAUAGCUGAAUAUAGUGAGAAGCAUGGCAAUCUACAGGCCCCAAUGCAUUUAAAAACUACACCAAGUUCUGGCAAUCAUCUAUUUUUAUUGCCAGUAAGAACUUCUGGAGUACAGACCCCCAGAAAUCAUUUUUAUGUAUAAUUUGUAUGGAGGAAUACUUAGACAAAAAAAAUGACACUAAAUGAUAAUUAAGAAAUUGUUUAAAAUCUUGGAGGUGAAUGUUGGAAUUAAACAAUUAACUAUGCAAAUGAGCAAAAGGUGUGUGCAUUAAGGAAACAGACGCCAGGCUCAAAUAGAAACCCGUCUCUAAUAAGCGCCCGUUUUGUUCAGUGAUUUAAACAAAUAAAACGCCAAGGCUGUUAAAUUGACAUUUUACAGUGGAAUAGUUUUUAGAAUACUCCAGGCCACAAGAUGGCAGUAGCUUGUUUAGCAUGUGCCUGCUGUAGCUAAUGUACGCUAACUAGCAAGCUGUGCUAAUUUUGUUGCUAGCUAGCUAGAAUUUUCAGAAAGCCCUUGAUACUACAUUGACAUUUUUGUCAUUAAUCAGAGUAUGUUGCUAUGGCAUCAACGGCCCAUCCCCACAGAGGCACAGGGCGCAUUGCGAGGUGGUAUUUGAAGGACAAACAGAGUUGAAUAAUUUGGUACACUGUUCAUAUUGAACAUAUCCAAGUGAAAUAUAUACUUUGUCAUGACGAUAUAAAACGGAUGGAUGUGUUCUAGACAAGUAUGCCCAUACCAUCCAUUGGCCUUUUGGCAAUCUGGAGUGCAGGUAAUUGUUUUCAAAGGGCUAUGAAAUGUGAUAGUGUGUUAUCCCCCAUCUCCAGUGAUAUAGAACCAUGUAGCUAUGACGCGUUCCUACACAAUUUCCUAAUUUCACAGACGGACCACUUAGAAGUUAAAUCGUGGGGAGUUCUCCUUUUUUACCCAUUGAUGAAACACAGGCUUUCAGCAAAUUGACAGAAGUUUCAUGAUUUUAAUUCCUGGGGGUAGAUUACACUUUAAAAUAGCUAGAUGAGACUAGAGCGAUUGCGGUGACAGUAUUACCGGCACACCGGCAGUCAUGAGUCUUGACCGCAGCAAAAUGUCAGCCAAUUUCGAUAAACUCAGUACCGUUAGCUUAAUUUUCUGUCCAGUAUGAACUCAGACCCCUCAAAAGAGCUCCUGAAGCGAACUGAAAAUACAAUUAAGAGGUGGUCUGAGUUCAGGUCAGACAACCUCUCGAAAUGCUCUCCAAAUUCACUUGUCAUUAUUCCCGCACCACACACUAGACUACUGCAACACCGUUUCCCCUGCCAUAAACCCUCACAUUGAUCCCACAAGAGAAGAUGUGCAGGUUCACGGAAAAAACGUGCCGUUUUUAGAUACAGAUUAGGGAUUGUCAAGAAUGCACAGAAAUUCCAAAAUAUGUUUAAAGACUUUAGUUCAGAUUAUUUGUUUGCAGUAUGUGAACUAUAGGCUAAAAUAGCUUCAUCAGCUGUUUAUUUAAUUGGGGUUUGAAUAGUGUGAAAAGACAACAUAUUUGGUAAGAAUCACAACACAAGGUAUGCCUACAAAAUAAAUUAUAGCUCUUAAAAGGGGCAAUAGCCUACAUUAGGAUGCACAGGGCGCUGGAAUUAUAAUGCUGAAAUUAUAAAUUACAGCAUUAUUUAAUCUGCAGUUAUUCUUCUGCUAUUUGUUCUGUUACCAAUAAUAUUUACAUGUAAUUAGUAUAUUCAGUUUGCAUUUAGUUAAAAGAUGCGACAAUAAUUGUAAUCUAUUAGCUUCCAAGUAGGUAUAUAUCUAUACUGAACAAAAAAUAAAAUGCAACAUGUAAAGUGUUGGUUUCAUAUUUUAUGAGCUGAAAUAAAGAUCACAAAUUUUCCAUACGCACAAAAAGCUUCGCUCUCUCUCAAAUGCUGUGCACAAUUCUGUUUACAUCCCUGGUAGUGAGCAUUUCUCCUUUGCCAAGAUAAUCCAUCCACCUGACAGGUGUGGCAUAUCAAGAAGCUGAUUGAACAGCAUGAUCAAUACACAGGUGCAGCUACUGCCGGGGAUAUUAAAAAGCCACUCGAAAAUGUGCAGUUCUGUCACACAACACAAUGCCACAGAUGUCUCAAGUUGAGGGAGUGUGUAAUUGGCAUGC